AUGGAAGCUCUCCGAUUCGAGCUAAGCUCGUCUUCCCUCACUUCCUCCGCCGUCGUCCCCUCUUCUCUACUCGCUCACUCUCGGCGUUCCUUCUCCUCAGUGCAACUCGGCCGAUUCAGCUCAUCUCCGGCGAUUGGAGCGGUUACGAAGACGGCGGCGAAUGAAGUCUGCACGGCGGACGAACUCCACUACGUUCCUGUACCUAAUUCCGAUUGGCGCGUCGCUCUCUGGCGAUAUCUUCCUUCUCCAAAGGCACCGAAGAGGAACCACCCUCUGCUCCUAUUGUCUGGGAUUGCGACCAAUGCUUUUACAUAUGAUCUUUCCCCUGAGUCUUCCUUUGCAAGAUACAUGUCUGGUUCAGGAUUUGAUACAUGGAUUCUUGAGCUCCGUGGAGCUGGAUUGAGUUCUCUAAGUGUUGAUUCAGAUCUUGAGAAACCGAGAAGGAUAGAUUCCAGAGAUGACAAGCAGCGGAUAGUUUCGGAUGUACUGGAUAAUCUCAUAAACGUAUCAGAGAGGAUGGAGAAUGUUCUUGAUGGAGGUUUCAAGAUCCUCGGGCUGCAAGACCGUUUAUCCAAGAGAGUGGGAGAUUUCAAGCAGCGGCUUGAACUUAUCCCUCGUUACAAUUGGGAUUUUGAUAACUAUCUAGAAGAAGAUAUUCCUUCUGCGAUGGAGUAUGUGAGGACUCAAAGCAGGCCUAAAGAUGGGAAAUUGCUCGCAAUUGGUCACUCAAUGGGUGGUAUCUUGUUAUAUGCCAUGCUCUCAAGAUGUGGCUUUAAAGGAAUGGAUUCGGGAUUCGCUUCUGUCACCACUCUAGCAUCAACAUUGGAUUAUUCAUCCUCAGGAACACUCCUCAAAUACAUAUUACCCAAAAAUCCCGUGCAAGCUCUGAACUUGCCUGUCCUACCGAUUGAUACAAUACUCGAGAUGGUUCACCCUCUAAUGUUUCGUCCUCCAUAUGCUUUGUACUGGUUAACCGCUAAUAUCUCUGCUCAAACGAUGGACCCUGAACUGACUGAGAAACUAGUUUUGAGCAGCUUAUGUACAGUACCAACUAAGCUUCUCUAUCAGCUAGCAACAGCCGUGUACCACGGUGGGCUGCGUGACAGAAGCGGUACUUUCUAUUACAAAGAUCACAUCGGCAAAACCAAUGUCCCGGUCUUAGCUCUUGCAGGGGACUGGGACAUAAUCUGCCCUCCUGAUGCAGUAUACGAUACUGUCAAGCUGAUUCCAGAACAUCUAGCCACUUUCAAAGUUGUAGGAUCACCCGGAGGUCCACAUUAUGGCCACCAAGAUAUGAUUGCUGGUCGAAUGGCCCGAAGCGACAUAUAUCCUUUGAUUGUUAAGUUUCUUCAGCGCCAUGAUGAGAGUUAA